AUGAUGUUACGCUCCAGUAUCAUUCAUCAAAAGAGCGAGUCACGCAACGACUGGGCGGGGAAGGGGAAGCUCGUCCGACAGCGCAGACUGGCAUCUGCACACUUCACAUCUGGACGGAGUUUACUCAAGAGGGAAAUGGCUCUUCAAACUACAAGAAUGCCAGAGCUGAACACCACCACGCAUCCAAAUUGGAGCCAAAACGCCAGCGUGGAAAAGAGCUGCAUCGAUCCCGACGUUUGGGACGCGUUGACCAGCAGCCAGCCCGUCUACCUGGCGAUCAUCACCGUGUUGGGAGUGGUGCUCAACGCCUUUGUGCUGCUGGUCUUCUGCCUACAAAAGAAGCCGUGCACGGUGGCCGAAAUCUACCUGAGCAACCUGGCAGCCGCCGACUUCAUCCUAGUGUCCUGUCUUCCCUUCUGGGCCGUUAACAUUGCUAACGAUUUCAACUGGCCUUUUGGAGUGGCCAUGUGUAAAAUAGUCAACGCGGGCAUCAAGAUGAAUGCUUACAGCAGUAUCUACUUUCUGGUUCUGGUCAGCAUGGAUCGCUACCUGGCGCUAGUUCACCCCAUGUCACACGGGCGAAUGCGUCGACCAAAAUACGCCAAAGUGGGCUGUCUGCUGGUUUGGGCCUUCAGCUUGUUCCUCGGUGCCCCGACGCUGGUCUUCAGGCAGGUCAAGUAUUUCGCAGAGUACAACGUGAGCGCCUGCGUCUUGGAUUUCCCAAGCCGCACGAUGAUGCUGCUUUGCGACGUGAUGCUAAUUAGCUUCAGCUUCGUCAUCCCCAUUACGAUCAUCUCGUUCUGCACCGUCAAGAUCAUCCACGCGUUACGUAAGCCCUCCGUAGAUAGGUUCAACAACGAGAAGAGCGAGCGGAAGGCCACCACGCUGGUGCUGGUCGUCCUGGUUGCCUUCCUCGUCUGCUGGAUACCGUUUCACAUCGUCACCCUGCUGGAUGUGCUAAUAAAAGCCGGCGUGAUGGAAGGGUGCCGACUGGAAGCCGUCGUGGAUAUUUGCAGCCAGUUUUUUGACUACCUGGCCUUCUUCAACAGUAUCGUCAAUCCCAUCUUGUAUGUUAUCGUUGGGAAAAACUUCCGGAAAAAAGCUCAGGAAGUGUGCAAGCAGUGGUCCGUCAGUAGCUUCACGAGCAUGUCCACGCGUUCGCAGACUUCUGCGACGUUGAGGACGUUUGCGUAAAGAUCUGAGCUCUCCCAGAUGUUCAAACUGGAAGCUUGCCGCUGCAUGUGUAAAUUGUGUUUUGAUCGUCAAAUCUGUCUGUUGAUGAAGUACAAUCCAAAAGUUCUUUCUUGAAGUGCAUUUAAUGGUUUGAACAGGCAAAUGACUCACUCAUUGUCCAUAGUUUCCAGUGGUGACACGCCAUGGUGCUGCCUGCCUUUUUGUUACAAUCAAGCAACCCACUCAGUUGACUCAGAGGUCUGUGGGAGGCUGUGCAGGCACUCCCCAAAAUAAAGGCAUGGAAUACCAAAAAGGCAGUCAGCCAUAAACCACAUGCCAGGGUAGUGGACUACCACGAGAUUAGUUAACCUCAAAGUAGAAAAAAAAAAAAAUUGUCGCAUGUGUUUUUGCCAAUCUUUUACGCUGCCAUGCAUUGUUUUUGUACUAUAAAAUAAUCGUUGUUGAUUGAAUGAGCAAAUCAUUUGUUCAUAUGAUAAUCAUACUAAACCAAGUGCCUGCUUGUAUUUAUUAUUAUGUGAUGUAAAUGAAGUAUAAACAUCAAUUAAAAGCUGCCUUUGCACAAUCCAAAA